GCAGGAUCCUGAUUCAAAUUGUCUUGUUUUCGUACAAAUACGCAUAUCGAAUUUUUGCAUUCAAGUACCUACGCCUUGGCGUGAACGCACGGGAGAUUUUAGUAUAUAAACCGUAGCAGUGACAAAUAUCAGCAAUAGUGCCUUCCUGUUCAACUUAUCAAGUCCCAAUACAACAAUGAUCGCUCAAGUAGUACUUGUAACUAGUCUGCUAGCACUCGCCCACGCUGGUGGCCUCCUUGGAAACGGGAUAGGUAUUGGCGGAGGUAUUGGACUUGGAGAAAGCCGCGGGAUUGGAGGAGGCCUAGGCGGUGUUCGAAUAGGACAUGGCAUUGGAGGACUAGGCGGAAUCGGAAUUGGACGUGGGAUUGGAGGCAUUGGAGGUGGUCUUGGAGGAAUUGGGGGAGGCAUUGGAGGAGCUGGAGUUGGAUUGGGAAGUGGAGUCGGCCAUGGACGUGUUGUUGAUGUAUACGCGCCUCCCCACUACGAGUACAAAUACGAAGUGGCAGAUCCACACACCGGAGAUCUGAAACAACAAGUGGAAUCAAGGGUAGGCGACAGGACUAAGAGCGAGCUUGCUUGGGGAGAAAAGGACAGACAAGCAGUGGUAUCCAGGUUGAUCCAGGAUACUGGCACCCUUGUAGUAUCUCACGGACACGGAUUGGGGAGAUAGAUCUGCUAUCAGUUGAUGACUUCGAUGAUAUUUGCUCAAUUACUUGUUAGGAUCUAUAUGUAAAUAAUGUAUUAUGUGUUCAGAUCUGUUUAAUAAACUGAUAAAAC